AUGGAGGAGGAUGAGUCCGUAGCUGAAUUCCAUGCAAAAUUGUGUGAUAUCUCAAAUGAAUCGUACGCUCUGGGGAAAACGUACUCUAAUUCAAAAUUGGUUCGAAAGGUGCUUGGUGUUCUCCCCAGAAGAUUCAUGUCCAAAGUUACCUCAAUCGAAGAAAUGAGAAACAUUGAGGAACUCGAUCUUGACGAACUCAUCGAGUCCUUGCAAAAUUAUGAGCUAUCACUGUCCAGGUGGAAGAAAACCAAGAAACAGAAGGAGGUGGUGAAAAAAAAAGACAAGCCUCUACUAAUCAAAAAGGUCGAGGAAUUAAGCAGAGAGUGUGAUGGAUAUGGCCACAUCCAGGCUGAGUGCGCCAACACACUAAAAAAGAAGAAGGCCCUUGCAGCAACCUGGAGUGACAGUGAAGAAGAGAAGAGCUCCACAGCCAGUGAAGGAUCAGAUGAGGAUAAGCAGGUACUGGCAUUCAUGGCCCAAAGCUGUCAUCCAGUUGAGUCUGAAGAUGAUGCAGUCUCCACCUCAUCAGAAGCUGAUAGCACAGGUCGACAAAAUGCUUAUGAAGAAAUGUUUGCACAAUGGGAGUACAUGACUAAACAGAUCCGUGUUCUAAAGAGUUCACUAGAGCAAGUGGAGACUGAAAAAGGAAAGCUAGAAGACACUGUCAAAAACCUCAACAGAUUUCUGGAUGAAAAGGAGAAUGAGAUCUAUAAACUCACAGCUGAUCUAAUUAGAACCAAGCAAGCUUUACAAUUCAUUCCCCCAGGCACAGCUGCUAUCAAUCAAACCCUACAGCUUCAGAAGCCCUAUGGUGAUCGAACCUCCUUAGGAUAUAAGAUGCUGUAUAAACAAGGGAAUGAUCUGUCUGUUGAGAAUUCUCUGCCCUCUAAUGUCGAUUCAACAAAGAAGGAAGAUGAGUUACCUGACACCUCAACCACCAUUAACGAAUCUGACUCAUCUGAGAAGAGACAGGUUCCAACUGGACCCACUAAACUCAAGUUUGAAGGAAGGAGGACUGAUGCAGAAAAUCUGCUACAGAAUGACAAUUUCAUUCCUACAUGUCAUUUCUGUAAUAGGAGAGGUCACAUUCGUCCCAAGUGCUACAAAUUGCAGAACUACUUGAAAGCAAUGAUCAAUCGUCCAAAUAGUUUCCCUCAACCGAAUAAGUCUCAUGGACGCAAACCUCGUCGAGAAUGGAAAAUAAAGUCCAAACCAAAUCCUGGUGUUGGUUUGGUUGCAAAGCUAUCACUGUCUGCCUUUGUUGAAUGGCAGUGGUACUUCGACAGUGGAUGCUCUCGUAACAUGACUGGAAAUAAGAAAUUGCUAGUUAACUACAGAGAUGAAAAAGGGGGAUCCGUGACUUUUGGGGAUGGUAACAAAGGGCAGAUUGUUGGGAGAGGUGAUGUGAACGUGAUUGGAGUGGCUCAGUUAACAAACGUCCUAUAUGUGAGAGGACUCAAAGCCAAUCUCAUCAGCAUCGGCCAAUUGUGUGACGACAACCUCUCUGUAAGUUUCACUAAAACUCAAUGUUUAGUUUCAUCUGAUGGGUGUGUUGUCUUAACAGGAAACAGAACAAUAGACCAGCGCUAUGCUGUAUGCAAUACCAUAGUGUGCAACAGGACCUUCGUGGACAAACCUGACUUAUGGCACUACAGGCUAGGGCAUUUGAACUACAGAGAUCUCCAAAGAUUGGUGAAGCUUCAAGCUGUAAGGGGAAUUCCUGACAUGAAAGUGUCCAAGGAGAGAGUAUGUGGACCAUGUCAGCUUGGAAAAUAG